AGAGGAACCACACGUAUGAACCAUCCAAACACAAAUAGCGAGAAGAAUAUUAUGUGAUGGAUGAAACUGAAGUGGAGUAGACGAAGACAGUACAGUCCGGUGGGUGAGUGGCGUGGCGGAGGAGACUGCCCUUAGUAGGUGGUGAUGUGUUAGUGUUUAAUUCACCUGUUCUGUAGCGAAUCAUGAAGUUCAUCACGGAGAUCGGUUCUGAUGGUCUGCGGCGGCGUCCUGCUGGGGUGCGGCAGGACGUGGAGCGGCGCCACCUGCAGUGCGUCAUCCUCACCCUCCUCGUGCUCCUCCUGCAGUGCCUUCAGAUCGCGGUCAAGGAGUACAUCUGGGAGCACAGCCAGCUGUACCUCGCGGCUCAGGAUUCCUACGUGGAUGACGACGCGCUCAACGCCCCCAUGCGCCUGGACCAGGUGGAGGAGGCUCACGGCGCCAUCCUGCAGGGUUUGGUGGAAAACCCUAAGCUGAACGUGUACACGCUGGUGGGGAGGCCGCGCGUCAGGCUCCUCUAUAUCAAGAAUGACACGUGUCUGUAUCCCGUGCACAACACCCAGUGCUAUGGCAGGCUCGCGCUGGACGGCGACAUUGAGAGCCAAAUAGACUCAGAGAAAGACUUGACCAACAUGACCCUUAAUGACGUGCAGUGUCCGCCACGACUCAACCUCACCAACAUCACCAUGAAGUACGUGCAGGAUGCGCAGCUGGACUAUCUAGACAGUCAGUCGUGCUUUAACUGUAAGUAUCCUCUGGACGGCUACGUGCUUGACAUUCCCCGGCCAAACGCCACCGUCAUGCCACUCGAGGAGUACGCCACGCAGUGUCUUGCUCCGCUCAACAAGCAGCUCUUUGACAAACUUGUAGAUGAAUCGACGCGUCUCAUUCAAAUCGAAGUGGUCUUUUACAACGUGUAUUUCGACAUAUUCGUGCGAGUCACCGUGGCUUUCGAGGAGUUUGAUCUGAACAGGUGGUGGCCCACUCAUAAAAUUGAAACCGGUCACUUUCUGGGAGUCGCAGGGAGAGGAGACUACCACGGUGCGAUUGACGACAGUAAGUUGUUGGUGUUUCCCGGGCUGGUGUUGGCCCUGAUUCUUCUGCGGCUGCGAUGGGAACCUAAGGAGGGUCGUAUGAAGCGGUGCCUCCUCACCCUGAUUACCGUGGCACUGACGAUAUACCGCCUUUACUCGCAGGCAAACGUUGUGGUGAGGUAUGAAGAGGUCCUGAACUCCUUGCCCUCAGAGCCCAGGAACUACACGCGGCUGGGGAAGAUGGAACAAUUGAUGAACGCAGAUCGACACUUCCCUUUCGAGUACUUGAUGGCCGAGAACAAGACCGCGCAAGUGGUUGGCAUUGCUCUGGUGGUGCUGAGCUUACUGCACCUCUGCCAGUACGAGAACUACCAGUGGCUCGAGGUGACGCUGCUGGCUGUGUCUAUCAGAAAGGCAUUAAAGUACUCACUGCCCUUCAUCCUGUACUACCUCUUCCUUAACUUCGUGUUCGCGGUCAUCGGCCACACUCUCUUCGGCACCUGCACCUCACUGUUCAGCGAGAAGACUCAGGCGUUCAUUACUCUGCUCAAGUUUGAGUUCUCAGGGAACAUGGACUACAGUGACCUGAUGAUCUGUGCACCGGGGUGGGGCGAGACUUCUUCUUCCUGGCCUCCGUGGUGCUGUACCUGGUGCUCUUUAAUUUUACCUUCACUUACGUGUUCGGCGUGAUGACAGAGGUGCGGCGCCUCAAGGCACGCCAGUUCAUGCUGGAGGAACACGACAACCUCAUGGAGAAGAUUAACUGGCCCGUCGCUCGCUGUCACCGCGGCGCCGACCUUUCUCUUCAGAAUCAGUUGCGGCUUGUCAAAUUAUACGACUUACUCUUGUCCCGCGGAGACGAGGCCAUUCACUCCCUCAGGCAGAGAGUGACGGGGAGCAACACUGAUUGACACUCGGAUGUUAUUUUUCUUUCUUU